AUGACAGUGGACUCUCAGUUCCGCGGUCAGGCCGUCACUGUUGCGGCAUCGAUUGCUUCGGUUGCUGGAUUGCUUGGCAUUCUCAACUACUUGCAGAUCCCAUCUCUAUUCCAGCGACGGGCCAAGUCACGCAAAGUUGGGCCUCGAUGCUAUUCAUUGAACGAACAGCCAUCACUCACAUCAUUCAAAGCUCUGGUGGAGCGGACGACACUCAAAGAGACCUAUCCUCUGGCCAUCGAUGUGCAGAACAACAUUCCCAUUUACGAUUGCGGCAAGUUGGAUCUCCAGGACUCGAAGCAGGUUGAGCGCUUCCAAGAUGAGCUGUAUCAUGUCCUUGUCGAAGGGCCAGGUGUCUACGUUCUGAAGCAUUUCUUCACGGAUCUGGAGCCGGUCGAUGCUGCCAAUGAGGCGUUUGCUGCGAUCAUCAAACGUGAGCUGGAAGAGAAUGGAGAGAAAGGUGACCACUUUGCGGCAGCCGGGACGAACAAUCGGAUCUGGAAUUCCUUCUCGAAACUCUGCUUACAAGACCCGGAGAGCUUUGUGAAAUACUAUUCGAAUCCUCUAUUCGAGAUCGUGUGCGAGUCUUAUCUUGGUCCGGCAUACCGCAUCACCAGCCAAGUUAAUAUUGUCAAGCCUGGUGGGAAACCGCAAGUUAGCCAUCGAGACUAUCAUCUUGGUUUCCAAACGGCAGAAGACGUGGCCAAAUGGCCCAAAGAUCUACACACCGCGAGUCAACUCCUCACACUGCAAGGAGCAGUCGCCCAAUCCGACAUGCCCCUCUCCUCGGGGCCAACGCGCUUUCUGCCCUACAGCCAAACGUUUGAAGAAGGCUACAUGGCGUACCGCCUGCCGUCUUUCAACGACUACUUCCUCCAAAAUUGGACCUCCCUGCCCCUCAAGAAGGGCGACGCAGUCUUCUUCUCCCCAGCACUCUUCCACGCCGCAGGCGAAAAUCUCACCACGGACUUCAACCGCAGCGCGAAUCUCAUACAAGUCAGCAGCGCUUUCGGGAAGACGAUGGAAACGAUCGAUUCGGUGCCUUUGAUUGAAGCGACGUACGAGAUUUUGCGGGAGAAAGGGUGGAAUGAGGCUUUUGUGCGGGCGGUUGCGGAGGGAUAUCCGUUUCCGACGAAUUUGGAUCGUAGGCCGCCGGCGCCGGGUGGGAUGGCGCCGGAGAGUGAGCAGGAUGUUUUGAGGAAGGGCUUGGUGGAGGGGUGGGCAAGAGAGGAGGUUUUGGGGGCGAUGAGGAAGAUGAGGAGGGAUGCGUUGGCAUGA